CCCUCAACGCAUGUACAAUGUUGCCUAUCUAUGAUACCAGAGAUGCGACGACCCGUACGGUAGCUUAAUUGCGCUUCUUCUGAGCAUCCAUGGUUCGACGGAAUUACUACUUUUCAUCAGAAGCAAAGAAAGAAAGUCAUGCGUUGCCGAUAGGAAGGAAGAAAUCAGCGGUUGCCGCCAGGUCCAUCACCACAAAGUUUCGAUGUGGAAUAUUUUCUCCCCGCGCAUUGACCGCAGUAGUGGUGGCGAUGAUAUUGGUUCUUUUGUCAGUGGGCCUUCAAUCGUCUACACGUGGCGUCAUCCAAAUACAAGCAUACAUUUUUUCAAAGAAUACCGAGUCUGCAUCCACAAAACCCAGUCCCGCUGCUGCCAAGCCAAAUAAUCCAAGCAACACAACAUAUCCACAGCAAAUAAUUGUACAGAAACUUGCGGGUGGCGUGAAAAGUAGCGGUGGUGCCAAGGAAAACUUGCAAAUCGUUCCUUUGGAGCUGGACAACACCGUUGCCGAGGAUGUGGUGGCCAUUGAACAUGAUCCCGACAAGGCUGAAAUUACCGUGACCUUCAAGAUAAAUGCUCGUUGCCCUCGUCCUUACUUGAUUGGACGACUGUCGGGUCCGGCACUGAUACGCUUGCAACCAUGGAAAUGGCAAUCACACAGCAGUUAUGGGGAAUUGGCCGUGACAUCCUUGACGAGUCGAUAUGAGGUUCCCAUUAUUAUAAGCCAGGCUUCCUACUAUGCCUUGGAGAUUAUUGUUGUUUUCUGUGACAACUUUUUCUAUGCCUUGAAUCAGCCAGAUAAUCCCAUACACCAGGAUGAUCCCUCCAAGGACUGGAUCGACUCCAGACCAGAACUGGCCCAUUACAUGGGACAAGACUAUGCCAGACAUUGCGUGGAAAACUCGGCCAAGAAUCGAAUCACACAAAAGGGAAGUUCCAUUUGGAUAUCCGGAACUGCAGGAACUCCCUCCAGCCAGAGUAAGCAACCACAACCAGCAUGGAAAGGAUUCUGGCAUAACAAAGGCUACAAGAAAGGCUACAAGCAGCCACCAGAUGGCUCAAGGACAAAUGACAAACAUUUGUUACAACCAGUUUAUACAAGAUACCAACUAGAUGGAUGGAAAGAGGAAGAGCAUCCCGCAGAAUGCAAUCAAGAACGAUUCGAGCCGUACAAAUUCCACUGGAACCAGGAGACGCCACUCAGUGCACAGAGUUUAAGACAAUCUAAAGCGAACAACAUUUGUCUCAUUGGUGACGACCACAGCAGGAGCAUGCAUGAAAGGGCCAAAGAAAUGGGCUUUGACCUUCCCAACACCAAUGUUGCAUUCCACCACCUGUGGACUACCUUUCCAGAAAAUGUCACAGAAGCAAGUAUUACAGAUCUCAUGGACCGACAUCGCUGCACGAGCAUGGUGGCAUCCGUGGGUCACUGGCCCGCCAGCCACCAUACCAAAGGGCACCCCUACACUUUGAAGCAGUUUUACAAACUGACCAAGGGCAUGCUCCACAUAGUGACCAAACACCCGCAAGUUGUGGCACGAAACGUGAGAGUCUUUGUGCAAUCUCUGAAUUCCCUACCACUGCGAUAUGGGAUCAAUGACUGUCCAGCCACAGACUAUCGCAAUCCACUUGUCUUGGACUCUUACAAUACCAUUCUCAAACGAGUCUCGUUCGAAUUUGGCAUCCCCUUUAUUGAUACUGAGGAAUUUCUGGUGGGCCCCAUGUGGGAUGCUAGUUCUGAUUGGGAACAUGUCAAUCAAGCAACAGAGGAAGCACAAACUCUGUUUGUGGCUGCUUCUGUGCUUGGGUGACGACUUUUUGUCCGAGCCUUCCAGACAGCAACUUCUUGUUGCUCAUAAGGCCAUUAUUAAGCUGGGGGCUUUGCAGGGUUUGCGUGUUCGGUACAAUCUUUGUCAUCCGCGGCAAGAUGUCGGGUUUCAGGCGCACAAGCCGAAAAUCGCCUUUCCGUGGCCCAAUUGCGUCACCAAGCUUGCUCCUUGCUGUCUUGCUCCUGGCUGUUUGCGGUUUCGAGUGAAGCUCCAUCGUGAGGUGCAGUUCAUGCAGUUCCAGACAUUUGGUCGGCUUUUGCAGCCGAACCCUUGCUGAAAUUACAUGGUAGUAGUGAGCUUACGGUAUGCUUACGGUACAGUACGAUGGCAAAAAACGCUGUUUUAUGAUCUGAAGAUCAUUGGCUCGUGUAGGCCUCGGCGGCAUGCAACAUCACGACAUGUUUUACAUAUUUUCAGAUUCAAUUAUUGUCUCUCUUGCUUUGAUUCGGAUCAAUUAGACUAAGAACAGGUCCAUGCCUCAUCGUGCAAGAUGUGAAGGCAUCCUUGCAACACAGCCUCGCCGCAAGAAAGUCCCCUAUUUUCCAGAAUGAUUUUGCCUUGAAUCAGCCGAGUCGACAAUCCCAUACACCACGAUGAUCGCCGACGACGAGAACCUGCCGUAUCUUUCAUCCGAAUGAUUUUCAACAAGCAAAGAGCGAUUGAUUUCAUCCAUUUUGUUUGGCGACAAGACAAGAAGCAGACAUUUCAAGAUCUUUGCCUUACGAGCAUGCAGAACGUAGAAUGGUUGGGGUUGGCCAUCGCCUCCUCAGCAGUUGUACCGGUACCGGUCUACCGGUAUGCAGAGAGCAAAUUCCGCCAGCCUCACCCCGCCGCUAACAACAGCCCGAGCCCAUCCGCUCCACCUGAAAAGCCCUGAAUUGGGGCCAAUACUUAGCUAAUUGUAUUCCCGAAAGCAGCAUUAAAAUGCUUGCAUGGACAGGUCAGCCCUUUACCAAGCAGCUAAAGGAAUACGGUUAGCUAGAAAAGUAGUCGUACUAUUUGGCUAGCGCGGACUAUGGGUGGGAAGAAUGGACGUCAGAGGUGCAAUGCAAUGCUCAGUGCAAGAACGGUAGUUGGACGGCCAAGACUAAGCAGACCAACUGAAGGAGGAGGAAAGGGUGGAGCCCAAGGAAGAUUGAAUGGGUCAGAGGGCUAUGACUAGUGCUGAACCACCAAUGUCCCAAUGCAGAGGGCUCAUCGUUGAAGCAGUGGCGCCAGAACCACGAGAAAGCACAUCAAUAUACUUGGUACGGACAGACCAGCCCUUCACCAAGCAGCCAUUCUGAUCCUGUUUUGGAUGCUUCCAAUAGCUAUCAACUGUCCAGCCGGCAACCGUCCAGCCGCAGCGAUCCUGGACUCACAGAGCCAUUUCUUUGUACGUUCUACUGGUAACACAGUAGAUACUACUAGUACCGGUAGUAACCUCGCUGCCUACC